AUGGAUGCCUUACCAAUUUCUGAAAUAUAUAUAAAUUCCGAUAUGAUGUUACCAUUUCAGGACGAUAGUACCUGCUCUUGGAGUGAAGAUUCUAAUCCAUCAAAAACUACAACUAAUACAAAUAAUGAAUCAGAAACUAAGGCUAAUAUACAGCAUAGUCAGGAUUCUGAGAAUCAUAAUACAAAUGGAGAUAUAACAUUCAAGUCAUCUGAUUUAGAUAGUUCUUUACAAUCCCCUAACUCGAAUAACCUCUGUUCAGCUAGCUCAGUUGCUUCCAUUCCAUGUGCCACUACUUCUAUUACUUCUUCCAUAAUAAAUAAUAAUUAUAUAAUACGAACUCCUUGCAAAAGUCAUUUAAGUUCUUUUUAUCAGAGUUCAGAAUUUUUUAAAACUACAUCUAACUCAACUAAUACAACUCAAGAAGAUAAUAUUCCAAAAGACAAUUGUAACGUGAAAAAAACAACAAAUGAGGCAAAAGUUAGUAAAAGAAAACGUGGUGAUCCAUUACUAUGCUGGAGAUGUCAUAAACGAGAUGCUACUCCUCACAUGAGAUCAUGUGAACCUUGUAGAGUUGCAGAUAGGCAACGUUGGUCAAGGAGGAGAACUUUAGCUAAAUUUAUUUCAGAAAAUUCUAGUCACAAUUUGAAUGGAACUGAAGAUCUUAAGAUUAGUCGAAAUAUGGAUACUAUAAAUAAUGCCAAUAUCUGUCUAUUGCAAUUUCCUCUCUGUAAAUUAGAUAAUCAAAAACAUUCUAGAACUCCUGAAUCAUUUAUAUCAACAAAUACAGAUUUAACAUAUUCUACUUCAUCUUCACCAGUAACUGGAAUGUCACUUACAUGUCCUUCAAAAAUUGGACGCUGGCAUGAACAAAAACACUGCACUACAUUUUACAGAGAUGCACAAAUUACAAACAAUUAUAUGGAAGAGGUUGCACAUCACUUAUCAUAUAUAACUAUCUCAUAUUUCCCUUCUCCAUAUAGUGGGCUUACAUCAUUUCCUGUUAGUGCCAAAUUUGUUUCUGAUGGUUCAAUGAAUGGAUUAGAAACCCUUCCUUCUGCAGUAUUAGCUUUUAUUGUAGAAAAGUGUUCUGAACAAUUGACGCAGAGGCAAGCAAUCAGGAAUUCUACUCAACACUAUGUUAAUCAAACAAACAAUUUCUUACAGUCGCAACUUGACUCAGGAGUUGCCAAUUUAUUGGUAAAUAAAGUAGAAACACCUAAAUCUACACUAAGAACAAAUAACUUACAACAUUACAAUACAUGUCAAAGUCAUUUUGGGAGCUUCCAUUAUGGAUCUGCUUGUGAUACUAACAAAUUCUAUUAUUGA